AUGGGCCUUGACGGUGAUAUGUACGAGUUCACCGACAGGAUCAUGCAGCGAUCGGGCCGUGACAACCAGAAACCGACACAGGAACUCCGGGGACUUUACAGAGCCUUCGCAGAGGCCGUCGCGGGGGAGGGAAGCCGGCCGGCGCAGGCGGUCCAGGCGUUUGAAGCACUAGUGCUCCUGGAUAAGGAGACACGUAGUGAAGAUGACCCGGGGCGGCUUUGGAACCUGCGCAGCUUGGGAAAUGCAUACAGAAGCAACGGACAGACAAAAGAGGCAGUCGCGUUGUUGAAGAAGGUGGUCAAAGCGCUCGAAGGGAGAGGGGAAGAAGAUGUCGAACUGACCAAGGCGCAACAUGACCUUGGGCUGGCUUUUUCGCAGGAUGGCCAGCAUAAGGAGGCCAUCGCGGUGCUUGAAAAAGUGGUCGGGAUUCAACAGAGAACACUCCCAGCAGGCCACAGGGAUCGACUUGCAUCACAGCAUGUGCUCGCUGUCGCAUACCUCAAAGACGGGCAGAUUAAAGAAGCCACGGCCCGACUGGAGGAGAUACAAAAGAUACAAGCACGGACCCUCGGGGAGGACCACCCCGAAACAGCAUCAACGCAGGCCUGGCUUGCAGAUGCAUAUAAGCUGGCAGGCAGGCUACCAGACGCUAUAGAGCUGUGCGAGCGGGUCGUCAGGACACGAAGACUGUUCCUCGACGAGAAACACCCUGACCUGCUGACUUCACACACAAUCUCGCCCGAGCAUAUCACGAAGCUGAGAGGGUUACCGAAGCUAUAG